AUGACCAGAGUUAUACUGGCAUAUCUUAAUUCAAAUGGGGGAGAGUUGUCUUCACUUCUUAAAUUGCAACCCUAUCCCAACUAUCAGUGGAGCAAUCCAACAAACAAUGGUUACUUCUAUCCCGAGUAUUGGCGAAAUUUGCACCGCAAAAAGGUUGUUGUCUAUGCUGAGCAAUCCAUACCAGGCGUUUUUCUUUUCAAGGAUUCCAAGGGAAAUAUCCAGUACAGCGGCCAUUUGGGUAAACUAAUUGCAUUGUUUGUCCAGCACUAUAAUGCAACAAUGCAGCCCUAUCAAACACCCAAGGUUGAUAAGUCUACAUUUUAUACCAACAUCAAAGAGUUGAUGGAACAACAACUCAUCGAUUUGCCCAUGAUUACCGAUAGCGGUCUCGAUAAUGGUGUAGAUGAAAAAUGGCACCGCAAAUCCGACUGCAUAGAGAUAACACAGAUCAAACUAAUGGUACCUUGUCCCAGUCCUCGUAGCAUACUUGAAAUCUAUCCUCUGCUAUUGAAUCUGGAUUUCAUUGGCAUCCUUAUUAUUGGCACUGUUGUCUUUUCGUUUACCCAUUCAUUGUUCGAUUGGAUCUUUGGAGAAAUGGUGCAACCUUGGAGCUUUCUAUUGGAUGACAAGGGUUUGCCAAGUUUAUUGGGACAAUCCUUUGCGGCCAGGGUAUCUCCUAGAUUAUCUCUAAAGAUUUUAUACCUCAUAAUGUUUUUCGCUGGCCUGUAUACUUAUAUGCGUUUUGGAGCAAAAAUGAAGACACUCUUCACCAAACCACCCUAUCACAGACACAUAGAAAACUUUGAGGAGCUGAACAGAUCACCGGUGACAAUAAUGAUACCGGAAACUGUCUUUGACGAACUACCCCAUCCCAUAGAGAAGUUGAUGCUAACACAGGAUAAUGCCUUUUUUCAGGAAAUGCGUCUAAGUCUGAAUACCUCCUAUGGGUACAUUACUGCCCUAAGCACAUGGCAGAUGUUGAAGCAAGUGCAGCGGGGCAUCUCCCAUAAAAUGUUUUGUAUCUACGACAAUCUAACAAUCAGAUCUCCCAAACUAAUGUCCUUUCGUCUACAGAGAAAUUCGGUAUAUAAAGAACCCUUGGAUGCGCUUAUUCAUCGCGUACAUGACGCGGGUCUAAUGCAAGCCUGGUAUUCACAGACCUUUGCAGAUAUGUUGAGACAAAAGGAAAUUAAAUUUAAAUAUUGCACUGACAUCGUAGGGGCAUCCGCUCUAAAAGUUGGCGAUUUAAGUUGGUUAUGGAUAAUAUUGGCCAUGGGUUGGCUGUUUGACACUUUGGUAUUUUUUGUGGAAAUUUUAAUAGGACGUUAUGUUUGA